UUCUUCUUUUGCCAGGGUGGUGAAAUCCAGGACUGUGCCUACUUGGACAGUGAAAGCGCCUACAGCGAGUCGGAGCUCUUUCCUGAUGACGACACGAUGACUCUAGCACAGCAAGAGGUUCACCAUGAGUCUGACAUGGACAGUGCUAUUGAGAGUGCUCAGAGCUCAGAGGCCUUUGACAUGUGUCGGAGCGAGGAGAAGGACGGUGUUCUUGGUGGCCUGUUUCUGCCUGGUGACAAGUCAUGUCCUCACAACCCUUCUGCAGCAUGUGACCUCUCAACUUAUUCCACCACCUCUCUGAUCAGUAAUGAAGAACAGUUUGAAGACUAUGGAGAAGGAGAUGAUGUGGAUUUUACUCCCAGUAGCCCAUGUCCUGAUGAUGAGACCAGAACCAACGCCUACUCUGACCUUGGCUCAUCUGUAUCUUCCAGUGCUGGCCAAACACCCCGAAAAAUGAGACAUGUUUAUAACAACGAGUUACUGGAUGUUUACUGCUCACAGUGCCGCAAAAAGGUAAACCUACUCAACGAUUUGGUAGCCAGGCUGAAAAACUUGAAAGCAAACAGCCCUAACAGGAAAAUAUCAAGCACAGCUUUUGGAAGACAACUCUUCCACAACAGUAACUUCAGCAGCAGUAAUGGCAGCACAGAAGACCUGUUCAGAGACAGUAUAGACUCCUGUGAUAAUGACAUAACCGAAAAGGUAACGUACCUAGAAAAAAAGGUGACAGAACUGGAGAAUGAUAGCCUGACAAAUGGUGACCUGAAGAGCAAACUGAAACAGGAGAACACACAGCUAGUUCACAGAGUUCACGAGCUAGAAGAACUGUUGAAAGACCAAGAAACAUCAGCAGAACAGACCCUGGAAGAAGAAAUAAAGAGACACAGAGAAGCAUAUAGCAAGUAUGAAAAAGAGAAAGGCACCGAAAUUGAACUGCUAAAUACAAGGGUUCAGCGACUGGAAGAAGAAAAUGAUGAGCUGAAAAACACUGUCACGCGACUGAAAUCACAAACAGAGAGAUUAGAUGAGGAAAGACAACGCAUGUCAGACCGGUUGGAAGACACUACUCUGCGGCUGAAGGAUGAGAUGGAUUUGUACAAGAGAAUGAUGGACAAGCUGCGGCAGAACAGACUGGAGUUUAACAAGGAGAGGGAAGCCACACAGGAGCUCAUUGAAGACUUGCGGAAGGAACUGGAGCACUUGCAGCUCUACAAGCUGGAAUGUGAGCGUCCCGGACGUGGCAGAAGUUCUUCAUCCAGCGUGAGUGAAUUCAACGCCAAAACCAGAGAGGUGGAAAUGGAGCAUGAAAUAAAACGGCUGAAGCAGGAGAAUCAGAAACUUCGUGACCAAAAUGAUGAUUUAAAUGGACAGAUCCUAAGUCUUAGUCUUUAUGAAGCUAAAAAUCUCUUUGCAACGCAAACAAAAGCCCAGUCACUGGCUGCUGAAAUUGAUUCUGCAUCAAGAGAUGAGCUCAUGGAAGCCCUUAAAGAACAGGAAGAGAUAAAUUACAGAUUGCGACAGUAUAUGGACAAGAUCAUUUUGGCAAUCCUAGACCACAACCCAUCUAUCUUGGAAAUAAAGAAUUGACAAGGACAAGCAGCAACUGCCUGAUAUUUCUGUACAUGCCACUGGAUCUAAACAACACUCUGAUACUGUAAAUUAAUCUAUAAAUAUAGAUAGACACUACGUGUGAGUGUGGGUGCGCGGGUGUGUUUAUAUGAUGUUUGGUACACUGUUACUUGUCAUUGAAUUGGCUUGGUUAGACUUUUUCCAUGCACUUUCAAUACCUGUGAUAAGAUGGAUACUGUAUAUUAAUGUAAUAACAAUAUAACUGGAUCAUGCUGUUUUAGAUACUGGACAAAAUGAUUCUACCUCUAGUUGUAAAGGUAAAAAAGACAAUGGAAACAUAUGGAUGUGGCCCUGACUUUAGGAGCAAGAAUUGUUUUUAUGUUCUUCCAGGAAUUUGGGUACCGCAAACAAAUUAACAUAUCCAGGUUCAGUUCCUGACUGGUGCUGACCAUGUAGUUUCCUAUUUGAUUUAGUUUUAGUACUUAAACUACACAUAGGAUAAAAAAAAAAUCAAAACAAACAACUUUUGGGAAAAGGAAAGACACAAAGCAAAAGGGAAGAAGAGGAAUAUAUUGCAGAAUUGUUAUUUGUGAAAAAUCACCAUCCACUUGUUUGCCACUGUCAGCACAAAGUGCUUUUUAUGUGAGAUCACUUUGGAGCUUGCUUUGGGAUGCUCUGAGCCAGCCUGCUCUUUAGUGUGUGUAUGCAUGUGUAUUUUUUAAUGCCAGGGUCCCUGUAGCACUGAGGCUAAGAAGCUCUUCAAAUCUAUUCCCCUAUUUUCAGGGGUUUAUCAUGGGCCAUUAAGAUGAACUCUGGGAUCCUGCCCCUUCCCCUCACCCUUAAUUUUAAACUUUUCACUGAAGGAACACAUUCCAGUUUUUAAAUGCUAAAAAAAAAAAA